AUGCACUCGGCAGCUGUACAACUUGUAUUUGUGACUCUUACUAUAUUUCUAUGUUGUGUUGAAGGUCAAGAUGAAGAAAUCUUAACGCUUCCUAAUGAGCGUACUUCCUUCGACGAUUGUCACUUGCGAUUUCACAAGUUAUAUCGGGUGGGUUUGGUGAAACCAGCGUUUGGACAUCCAGCUCGGUUGAAGGAGUUUGCCCACAUAGGAGCUGUUGGAUGGACCCAACCGAACGGGAAUAUUUCAUGGAAGUGUGGCGGAACGUUAAUAUGGGGCAACUUCGUACUCACGGCGGCACACUGUGUCGUUGAUUCCGAGAACCAAGCUCCAGACGUCGUCAGAUUUGGCGAUUUGAAUAUUGCGACAACCGAGGGAGAUGAAUACGCGCAGCAGUUGAAGAUCGUUGCGAUUUUCAGACAUCCUCAACAUCGGUUCAUAGCACAUUACCACGAUAUCGCUUUACUUAAGUUGGAGCGGAAUGUCGAUUUCAGUGAAGUCGUCGUACCAGCAUGCCUUUGGACAGAUGAAGAAGUGAGAUUUAAAACUUUGGAAGCUACUGGCUGGGGUCGAACAGGACAUGCUGACAAUCAGACACCUAUAUUACUGAAAGUGUCACUGAAACCUAUUGAUAAUGUAGAAUGCAGCAAUGUAUAUUCAAAUGGAACGAAUCGGAAGCUGAGACGUGGACUUCAACCGCACCAGAUAUGUGCUUUCGAUGAAAAGAUGGAUACAUGGUGAUUCAGGAGGUCCACUUCAAAACAAGUUGAUGCACAAUGCAAGAAUGACCCCUUUUGUUGUUGGUGUAACUUCCUUCGGAACCGCUUGUGGAAUGUCUGUUCCGGGAGUUUAUACUAAAAUAGCGCCGU